AUUCGAUUGGCACCGGUCGAGUACGAAAAGGGAUUUCAGUAGUACCUUUUCGCAUUGUUUUUCCCUCCAGCAUCAACGUGUAAUCAGUUUCGCCUGAGUUGUAUUUAUUUUUUUAUUCCCGUGAAAUUCGUUGUUACGCGCGAAUAUGGAUGUCGAGGUGAACCGGGGAAAGAGUGGGGAGCCGGAGGUGCAGGAGAUAAGCUCGAGCUACACCGUCGACGUUACGUACCAGCCUGAGAUCACGACGAACGGGACCGAGUACGUGGAACGUGUUUCUCCGCAAUCGUCUUCCGGUCAUGGACGGGCUCUUGAGCAGUCUGGGGAGCCGGAGGUGCAGGAGAUAAGCUCGAGCUACACCGUCGACGUUACGUACCAGCCUGAGAUCACGACGAACGGGACCGAGUACGUGGAACGUGUUUCUCCGCAAUCGUCUUCCGGUCUACCUGCCCGAGAACUCGUCAGCAGAACGCAGAAACAACACACGACUCAACAAGUUGUCGUUAGACGAUGGCCAUUCUCCGAGGGCCCAUUACUGCCAUAA